AUGGCUCGCUGGAUCGCCAAUGCGGGCCCGGCUGGCGUGCCUCUCACUCUCGCAACUAUCCGCGACCAUGUGGCGACAAUGGCGCGGAACAGUGGGAUUCCGAGCACAUUCCGCUGCUCCAUAGGCUGGGUCCGUCGUGCUCUGCGCCGCCAGGGGGUCCGUUGUAUGAGCGCCGUUGGUGAGGCAACCGACCAGGACAUGACGGCCGUCCGAACGACCAAGGAGAAACUCCCGCAGCUGUUGAUGCACCUUUCUGUCACUCCGGCCGACACCAUCAACUUCGAUGAGACCGCCUUGUUCCUCUCGAUCCUGCCGCAUAAGACGUAUGGCGCCAACCGCACGGCCGGCAGGAAGAUUGCCAAGGAGCGUUUGACGGUGGGAUUCCUCGUCAAUGCCAACGGGUCCCGUGUCUUCAAGCCGUUGGUGAUUUCGAAGGCGAGGAGGCCCCACGAAUUCCGCCCCGACUACAAUCCCGAGGAGAAAUGCUACUGGCGCAAUAACGCCAAAGGCUGGAUGACAAAGGCGCUUGACGCCACCAUGUACGCCGAGGGAAGGAAGAUCGUGGUGCUGCUCGACAACGCCAGCAACCACACGCUCGCGACGGAAGGUGUCACGACCGAAGACAUGUUCGGGUUCCGCACGUGCGCCCUCGGGAACGUGCGCCUCGUGUAUCUACCCCCGAACACGACUUGCUUCACUCAGCCUCUUGACCAGGGGCUCAUCUCAAUGGCGAAAGCGCGGUACCGUGCGCACUGGCUCCGCGCCUUUACCGGCAUGUGGUGCGAUGACGGCGCAACUACCGCGGCUGCGCGUUUUAGGCCGAAUUUGCGGCUUGUGGUGGAAUGGCUCCACGACGCUUGGAUGAACGUGGGCCCGCGGGCCAUCCAGCGCUGUUGGUGGCGCACCGGUUGUCUUCCCCACGUGUGGGCCAUGUCUCUCCCACACGUGGGAGUCGGUACCGGCAACAACGGCAACAACGGCGGCGCAGGCGGCGGCGGUGCGAAUGUAGCCGACAUCGGCCUCGAUGCAGAGCUUGACGGUGUCGGCCUCCUCAUUGGACAGCUGCGCCUCGGGCCGAGCGCGAUGGCCGCCGCCGAUUUCGUCAACAUCGACGCCAACCAGCCCACCUGCGCCGAACCGGGGGAUGACCCUCUUGCAAGGGAGCCCGCGUCCGCGGCGACGCCCGCAAUGUGGGAGGCGCCUGCUAACAUGCAGGCUGUCUACAACGACAGCAACCCUGCGUCGCGCGAAGCGCGCCGCACCGCUCGCGCUGCGUGCGAGAUGCUGAUUGGCUACGCGCGGGCAACGUGCAUUUCCCCGCGCGACCUUUGCGCCUUGUUCGACAUUCGCAAUCCCAUCAUCGUGGCGCGGAUGGAACGCGCGAGCCCGCCUCUCGAUCUCAACCACGCCCCACCCCCGGUUGUGACUCACGCCGACACACCGCCGCCUGAGACCCCUCGUCGCCGCGGUCGGGUGCUUCCUGCGUGGGCGCAUGUGCCCACCCCGGACUGGGUGGCGCAGUCGGCCCGUCGCCAGGAGCUCAUUGACGCCGGUGCACCCGCCGUGAUGAGCGGGUACCUGGCCGCUGCAGAGUGGAUGCGGCUGUGA